CCAAAUAAAGUGUUAUUCAGCUACGUACUAAACAUUUAUGUUAUCUAUUUAUACGACAAGCUUCGCAUUUCCAUGUGUCAUCGUUGCGGAAAUAAUGCGACCUGAAGAUCAAAAAUAGCUGAGUGCGUUACCUGUGGACAGGCCGUAUACGAGUCGAACAUUGCUUCAACUUUGGUACACGUAUAUUUCGAUCACCUUCAUAUAUGAGAAAGUAAUUGAUAUAUAUGUGCUUAAAGUUUGAGAUAAUGUUCAACCCAUGACUUAGUCGUAUUUUCAACCGAUAGAGCUUGGGUCCAAAUACGAAUCUGUAGAGAUCUGUUAAUAGUAACAAUUUUAGCGCGAUCGGCAGACAUCUCCAGUGAAAGUAGGCGGCAAGACUCCAUCGAUAAAACUGAAUAAGUUUUGUUCAGAUCUAUCGUCGAGGAUAACAUUUCCUUUGCUAAAUUCUCCCUAAAUGUUCACCGAAGACAGAGCACUAUUGAUUGUUGUUGGAUCUAUCGAUUUUUACGAAUACCGUAUAUUAUAAUGAACUCUGUCAAACAGAAAAACAAUAUAUUUCGCAAUCAUUGCACAAAAAAUAUGAUCGUUUGCUAAAAGACGUUACCCAAGAAAAUUGUUUAAUAAUUUCGAAAUAGAUUCCUUCUGGUAACUCGUCAUAUUCUACUGAGCAAUUCAAAUUAAAACUCCUCUGUAACUUUUCUUGGAGAUGACAUGUGAGUUUUUCGAAAAAGACUCUUGGUCGAUCAAAGAUCUUUAAAGAGUUAAAUACGACUUUUUUCCGGAGCGACACGGUCGAGCAGCGAUGGAAUUUUCUUCAUAGAUUAACAUUUUAUUGAGCUACUCACCGAUGUCAUUAUCGUCGAUGUGGUCGAUUGAAGGUGACAUGCUUCUUGGCUCCUUCGAUUUGGUUGACACUGUUGUAGAGUGGUUAGCUUCUGAUAGAAGAACAGGAGUGUCUCCAUUCUUUCUCGGAAACGACCUGUUUCUUUGACGAUGGCCUUCAGAGCACAUUGUGCACAUGUCAUGACUGCCCAUGUUGGUGAAUGUGCACACUGGGCAGUCCCACUCACGAAGAUCGCUGUCUCUUUGGUAGGCAUUGCGAGCGUUGAUCGACAUAGGAUUGGUAACGUUGUACUGACGAUCGUUCUGAUGUUUCUUCUUGUCAAUAUUCUAAACUUAGUUAUGCAACAGUCACUUUUUAGGCUCAGAGUGUUGACAAAUACGUACAACUUCUCGUUGGCUUAAUAGAGCUGUCGUCACUGAAGGCUUACAUUCAUCUGGCGCUAAGUCAGUCAAGUCAAUACCGAGUGGGAGGGGAACUUUGAAGUCUGGUGAUAUGAAAGGCGUUUCUAUCUAAUAAGCAAAACAAAUGCUGCUAAAGGCUACUUUUAAAAAUCCAUUUUCUUUCUAUCCGAGGCAAAAACACUUUCGAUCGAAUGUUUUAGAAAACGAGGAAAAAACUUCAACAGAACGAUAAAGCGAAAUAUCUGUAGACUUUCGUUAUGUCAUGUGCCACUAAUUCAAUACAUAGAACGCUGGAAAUGUUUCUCAAGUUUUUCUCUCUCUCACUCUCUCUCUCUCUCUUGUACAAUAUGUAUUUUUCCCAGUUUUCCUAAGAGAUCUUCAGGUAGCUGAAAUAUACUAUAUAUAGUUGUUAAUUUACUGAAUAAAGUGUGUGUAACAGUUACAUUCUUCUUUGGCUAUUAACCAUUGGAUGCAAAACGAUUCUGAAAGGAAUAACCUCACAUUGGUGCACUAGCCAAUUGUUUGUCAAUCCAAAAUCACAAACAAAUCAAGAACCCGUCAAAGAAAACUUGAUAUGGCAUCAAUCGCGGAUUUAGAGUCAAUUACUGGCGAUAAUAAUCAAGAAAUGUCAGAAUGGCUCAUUAGAUUUAAUAUAUUAUGUACAACAGCCAACAUUCCAGAUGAGGAACGAAAAUUAGCCUUACCAUUAUUUUUACGAUCUGAUACUGUGAUAAACUGGUUCAUUGAUACAGAUUUGGAUCAUUUAAGUUGA